AUGUCUGAGUUGACAAAGCAUCCUACCUUCAAAGAACGACAUAGCAAAAAGCAUUCAGAUAAAUCGUCCCCUAAAGCAGAAGAAAGUACCCGUUUUAACGGCUCGACUUCUGUAAAACGACGCGCUGAACACGUUCCUCUAGAACAGAUUCAAUUGCCUCCUGAACCGAAGCGCACUAAGGUUUUUGAAAGCAAACAAGCUUUGAACAGCUGCAUUCCCCCCGCCGAUAGCCCCAGCCAUUCUUUGGAGCGUGUUAAGCAGGUUCCGACUCCUCAGCCGCAUUUAAUUAAAUUGGAUGUCCAGCAAAGUGCAUCCCACAAAAUCAGAGAAUCAGUGAAGCGACCAACAUUGGUUGACUUGCCGCUUCCUCCUGGUUUCAGUGCAUCAAGCGUAACCGAUAUUUCUCGGGAUAGCGUCAUAAAGUCUCAAACGAUUUCAAAUUCAAGACGGUCGGCUCGGCAAUCCAUAUGCCAGAGACCAAAGAUAUGUGAGCUCCGCAGCAAAACCCGUAACAAUUUCACCUGGGGUGAACGCUCUGUGAGCGCCUUCGAGACUUUAGAGCAAGUUGGCGAGGGUACCUACGGUCACGUUUACCGGGCGCGGGAUUGCAUAACUGGCGAGAUUAAGGCCUUGAAAAAAGUGCGGCUUGAGAAUGAGCGGGAAGGUUUUCCAAUCACGGCUGUUCGAGAGAUCAAAAUACUUCGACAAUUACGGCACGAAAAUAUUGUUAAUCUUUGCGAGAUCGUAACCGACAAGGACAACCCCACAGACUUUAAAAAAGAUAAAGGUGCUUUCUUCCUUGUGUUUGAUUACAUGGACCACGAUUUAUAUGGGUUGUUGGCUUCAGGACUAGUGAAGUUUUCAGAAAUGCAAGUAGCUUCGCUGAUGAAGCAGUUGAUGUUAGGCAUCAAUUACUGUCACAGCAAGAACUUCCUCCAUCGGGAUAUUAAGUGUUCCAAUAUACUGAUCAAUAAUAGGGGACAGCUUAAAUUGGCUGACUUCGGGUUGGCUCGGCUGUACUUUGCAGACGACAAGGAGCGUCCGUAUACGAACAAGGUCAUCACGCUGUGGUAUCGGCCACCGGAAUUGCUUCUUGGGGAAGAACGGUAUGGUCCCGCUGUUGACAUUUGGUCGUGUGGCUGUAUUCUUGGCGAGUUAUUUACACUUAAACCUAUGUUUGCGGCAAACGAAGAAAUGGAACAGCUUGAAAUGAUUUCACGAACUUGUGGAUACCCAGACUCUCUGACAUGGCGAGGAGUUGAGCGAUUGCCAAUGUAUGCUACUUUCCGACCAAAGCAUUUGUAUAAGCGACGGUUGCGACAGGAGUAUUCAGUGCUUCCCCCAAUGGCCUUGGAUUUACUAGAUUCCAUGUUGAGUCUGGACCCGCGGAAGCGCUGCAGUGCCCGGGAGGCCCUUGAAUCACCCUGGUUGAGGAAUGUUGAUCCCUCUGUCAUCCCUCCUCCAAAUGUACCUGCAAAUCUUCAUUGCCAUGAAAUGUGGAGCAAAAAACGCAGAAAGGAUAUGAUGCAACAUAGGCAAGAAAUGCGGGCUCGGAAGCUUGGAAUCGAAACACGCGAUGCUGGCCAUUUGCCGCAUGCUCAGUCCUCAAAAUCGAUUGACCCGAUGUACACUAACGAUAUCUACUCUAAAGCCCCGUCGUCUCACUGCCCCGCCUCAUCUAGCAGAGCCUCAGCGCCCAUCGAACCUGUUCCUAAUAAUCUUUUAUCUUCAAUCGCGGGCUUAUCGGGUUCGGAACUUCAAGAUUUGCUUAGAGCAUUACAAGAAAAUAAUCCAGAGCAGCUAAUUUCGGACGCAUUACAAACCGAUCCUACCAUCUUAGAGCAACUACAAUCGAUUAUUGGCCCAAUCGGGCCUGGAGAAAAUGCUUCAGCCGUGGUGACUUCCAAGCUGCUUUCGCUGUUGACAGAUCUGGCCUCCUCUGACGCAGUGGCUUUGCAGGAUAGAAACGACGCCUCAAUUCAAACUGCUCUCCCAAACCACUCUUCCUCGAGUGCCCAUUCGAAUCAAAGUCUUUCUCGCAAAAGUGUCCCUUGA